AUGCUCGCAGUUGCGACCUCGUUUUUCGCUCGGACUGCUAUCUCACAGUCCUAUAUCAUCGGUGGGCCUUCUCAAUCAAGCAGGCCUUCUACUCCAGGAACUGCAAGCGGCAGCGGGGCCUCGCUAAAUGCGCCGACGCCAUUCACGCCGUCUUUUCCUGUAGGGCUUUGGAAAGUCCAAUCCGCGCAACAUAAAGUGACGAACAAGCGGGUUUCGAUAUGGACUUUCGAUAAAAGAGGGGCGGACAUGGAGCGGUUGGGACCCGCAGCCAAGGAAAGAACAAUCGAGGUACUAAAAUCAGAGGUGCAUUUCGAACAGAAUCUAUCCCUUGUCGCCGACUCACGAAGUCUACUGCAGGCAUCCGCUCUUGGACGUCUCCGGCAUCCAUCAAUUCUAGAAAUGGUCGAACCGCUUGAAGAAACUAGGAACGAGCUAAUUUUCGCAACAGAACCAGUGCUUUCGUCUCUUGAUUUGUCCAUUCCGGGUUCUGGAAGGCAGGCUUCUUUGGUGGAAUUAGAUGAAGUCGAGAUCCAGAAAGGGAUUCUUCAAAUCUGCAAAGGCCUCUCGUUCCUUCACUCAUCUGCCCAAUUGAUACACUCCAACAUCUGCCCAGAAAGUGUUGUGAUAAAUGGUGCCGGCGAUUGGAAAAUUUCGGGAUUGGGCCUGACGAUACCUUUACUUGCCUCAAAUGGGGCUCCAACGCGGUGGGAGUUUCCUACCUUCGACGGCCGUGUGCCUUCUUACAUACAGAGAUCAUUCGACUACAUGGCGCCGGAGUACGCCUUAGACGAACAGUUACUCACCGCAUCUGAUAUGUAUUCUCUGGGGUGUCUCAUAUACGUUGUCCACUCCAAGGGAGCUCCGCCGUUCAAUACCCAUGGCAGUCUGGGCGGACUGCGAGAAAAUGCCGGAAAGCCACUUCCUGGUAUUGGUGGGAUGGACUCGGAUCUGCAAGGUAAUUAUGAGCAAAGUGAAUUUAUGGGGUCAUCUGAACCUUUGACAGGACUGCUUCGCUCGCUAAUAACUCGACAUGCUACCGCGCGGCCGACCCCUGCUACCCUACCUUCCCAUCCGUUCUUCUCCUCUCUUCCCAUCUCGACUCUCAAUUUUCUGGACCGCUCAAAUUUCACGUCCAAGACAAGGGAAGAGAAAAUUUCUUUUAUGAAAGGUUUGGCUGGCGUCUUGGGCAAGUUUUCCAGCGGAUUGCAGACUCGGAAAAUUCUCCCAUCGCUGUUAGAGGAGAUGAAAGAUACCCAUUUGUUGCCAUAUAUACUACCCAAUGUCUUUUCUAUUUCCACAGCUCUGUCCCCGGCUCAGUUCGCAUCAAUGGUGCUUCCGAGUCUGAAGCCAUUGUUCACGAUCAAGGAACCGCCACAAAACAUGUUAACGCUUUUGGACAAUCUCACUAUGCUGCAAAACAAGACAGACAAACUUGUGUUUCGAGAACAUGUACUCCCCCUUGUCUACAAUGCUCUCGAGUCCGAACACGCGAUGGUUCAAGAGCGUGCUUUGAAAGCUGUUCCAGAUUUGUGUGACACUAUCGAUUAUGCAGAGGUCCAAGGUGUUCUAUUUCCUCGCGUGGCUGUAAAUUCCAAUCAUUGA